UGUCUUCCCCAUCCCUGCAAAUCCCGAGCGGGCGUGGGACAGGCGGCCCACCGGCCAGGCCCAACGAGUCGAACGCGGAACUAGGGAGCAGGCGGAGGCAGGCGCUGGGCUGCGGCUCAGCAGGCCUAGCCUGGCUUUGGGCCUCCGGCCUCUCAGCCGGGGACUCUGCGCCUGCGCCCGCCCGGCAGCUGCCUGCUGUCCCAGCGCGCCGCGGUCCCGGCUGCCGCGCGCCGCCUGGGUGUCUGGGCGAUCCAUGGGCUGCAGCGAGGGCCGCGAUGACAGAUUACGGCGAGGAGCAGCGCAACGAGCUGGAGGCUCUGGAGUCCAUCUACCCUGACUCCUUCACAGUAUUAUCAGAAAAUCCACCCAGCUUCACCAUUACUGUGACAUCUGAGGCUGGAGAAAAUGAUGAAACUGUCCAGACUACCCUCAAGUUUACAUACAGUGAAAAAUACCCAGAUGAAGCUCCCCUUUAUGAAAUAUUCUCUCAGUUAAAUCUAGAUGAUAAUGAUGUCUCAGACAUUUUAAAAUUAUUAGCAUUACAGGCAGAAGAAAACCUUGGUAUGGUGAUGAUCUUUACUUUAGUGACAGCCGUGCAAGAAAAAUUAAAUGAAAUAGUAGAUCAAAUAAAAACUAGACGAGAAGAAGAAAAAAAACAAAAAGAAAAAGAAGCAGAAGAAGCUGAAAAGCAAUUAUUCCAUGGCACUCCUGUUACAAUCGAGAAUUUCUUAAGUUGGAAGGCCAAGUUUGAUGCAGAACUCUUGGAAAUUAAAAAGAAACGAAUGAAAGAAGAAGAACAAGCAGGAAAAAAUAAAUUAAGUGGGAGACAGCUAUUUGAAACAGAUCAUAAUCUCGACACAUCUGAUAUUCAGUUCUUGGAAGAUGCUGUCCAGUUUUCCCACCACCACUUAUUGAAGAGGCUGUCUUUUCUCCAUUAUACAUUCUUGCCUCCUUUGUCAAAGCUGGAAACAACGUGGAGGUAGAUGAGUCUUUGUUCCAGGAAAUGGAUGACUUGGAGCUGGAGGAUGAUGAGGAUGAUCCGGACUACAGUCCUGCUGACCGGGAGAGUGACUUGACCGACUAAUGGACUGUCCCGUCUUCGGAGAGGCUUGACUGCCAUAGCAUCUGUGGCUACGCUAAGAGGGUGUUGAUUUUCCUUUCUUUUUUCUAAGAAAAAAUAAUUUUCAGGAGAAUAUUCUUCUGAUGGCUUUCAUCAUUGAACUUAAUAAACUGAUCUUAAAAUUUCAGAUAUAAAAUGUUCAAUUCCUCUUAUUGGUGGGAAGAAGGCCACAUGUUUAAAAUCAUUUAGUGUUGGAGAGAAAUUCUGCCUAAAACACCAAGACUGGAAGGUCAGCUGUUGCUGUACCCAGGUGUGGGUUUAUAUGCAAGGAAUUGGAAUAACUUGGAAUUUCUGUGCUAGAGACUGGUGGCUUUUGAAUUCUAAGGGUUGUCAUUCAUAUAAAAUAUUAGAAGACUGAGGCGAACAGAGCAUUAAACCUUCUGAAUUCUAGCCUUCGGGCAUAGUGAAUUUAAGUCUUAACAAAACCAGAAGCCCAUUUUAUAGUCGGGAGUAAAAUGGACUUUAGUCCUAUAGUAGUAUCUGAAUCAGAAUCAUCUUUGGAGUUAUUAAAAAGUGUGCACUCCUAGUCCCUUCUCAGUGGAGGCUAAUAAACACUGAGCCUCAGUCUGAGUUUUGAAACAGUGAAAUCUCAUACCUGUGACACAGGUGAUUGUGAUGCACACUCCUGAUGAAGAACUACUGUCCUACAGUUGUCAAGUCUAUAAAUUGUAAUUUUCCCCACUUUUCUAAUUAACCAGUCUGAAGUGGUUUGAAUUCUUGGAAUUGUACACUGUCUGCAAGAGUACCACACAUCCACAUUCAUGCACACAUUAGACCUUUGUGAUAAUUUGGAAUGAUCGACUUGGGGGCUCCAGGUAGGAGAGCCAGGCUUCAUGCAAGUUAUCCAGUCAUUGCAGUUCUGGAGGAUUGAAUCUUAACCACAAUAGGAAAUCACUUGUGCUAUUGCAAAUAGCUUCCUCCAUUCAGAAAUACUAUAUAUCCACAAACACAGCAAUAUCAAUCCAUGUUGAUUUUUGAAGUCAGACCUUAUGAUUAAAAUAAAAUUAAGACAAAACUAUCAUUGAGGAAUUUAAUGCUUUUCACCCACCUUGAUCCUGACCAAUAAAGAGGAAUAGCAGUAAUGUUCAGUAUUUCUAUGCAGAGAGAAGUCCAAAAGUUUGUUACGUGAGAUUUUGCUUUUCCUAAGGAGAGAUCCUUUCUGCAGCUGAUCAGCAAUUGCAUAAGAACCUGACAGAGUGGUUCAGUUGAGAAAAGCAGUCGUGAGCAGUGUAGUAUGAGGUCAAUGGAGACUUGACCUUGAAGUAUCAAGAAUGAUUACACUUGCCCCUCACAUAAUUUUUUAAAGUCUAAGUUUUAUACAUUUUCUACAGACAUUGAAUAACCACCUUUGUCAUUUCAGAAUGUAGGUAGAACCUAAUGAAAUGGAAAUGGAGACAACCUGAUUAGUUCUAAUGAUAAUCCCAAAUAUUUUCACCCAGAGUAAAAAUUAACUUUACUGUUGGCUUUGUAUUCUGGGAAUUAACCAAAGACUCUGCUUCUCAAACUGGAGCACACAUAAUUCCUGGAUGUGUAACAGCAUGACUGGUGGUAUUUGAAGCAAUAAUUGGCCCACCUUGAAUUAUCAGUUUUGCUCUUGGAUUUGGGAUAAUUUUUGUUUUGGUUUUUCUACUUGUGUUAACUUGUAUACAAUAUUAUUAAGUUAAAAACAUACACAAGUAUUUGUAUUCAUUGCUGUAUCCCUGGAACAAUGGCACUGAGUAGGCAUCUAAUUGUUGGAAUAGUAUGCAAGAUGCUUAUGCAUUUUAAAGAUAAAAUAUAAGAGUUCAAAGAAAUGUUCUAUUUGCCGUCUGCAACUUUGAGUAAUGCUUCUAGGUUCUGCUUUACUUCACAUCCUUCUGGCAGCAAGCAUAUGCCUUAGGGAAAAAAAAGUGGAUAAAUACUCAUCUAAGGUAACACAUCUAAAAGGUUACCCUUCUGGCAGCAAGGAUGACCUAGGAAAACAAGUGAAUAAAUACUAAUCUAAGGUACCACAUCUAAAAGGUUACGUGAACAUUUCCUAGUUGAGGUAAAACCAAGAGAGAUAUCAGUAACAUCUCUUAUCAGUGGAAAGGAUGAGACCAUUGAUUGUACUGUCACAAACUCCCAAGAUAUAUGUGCCAAGAAGUAAAGAGAUGCAUUCUUGGAUUCCAGAAGAAAGGAAAUUGUGGGUUUUCAAUAUUUAUGUGCUAGCUGGUUGUUAGGUGUUAUGAAGGUGCAAACAGAUAGUAAGUAAACUACUGCAAGUAGCUCCCAGUGUUGGUCUUUCAGAGAACAUACAUGACAGGCAGCAAUCGUAGGGACUGUAUGAUGAUGGGUCAGAAUGAGUCACACAGUUCAAGAACUGUAGGGGGUAAUGUUAGACCACUGAGGUCAGAAGUGACAGGGAAAGUUUUCCACAGAUGACACAUGGAGUGUGAAUUCAUAUAGAUGGGUAAAUGUGAAUGACACUAGUUUGUUUGCUGCCUUAGGACCUGUGUCUGAGUAACAAAGAUGACAGAAUGUUGCCAAAAGGUGUACUGUGAAGUCUAUAGGUUUCUUUUUCAUGUCACCUUUCUUGGGCAAACUCAUCAAAGGACUUGAAAGAAGGGGGUGAGUUGGAUUCCAAAUGUACUAAAUCCCCUCCAUUAAUAAAAGAUGGGAAAAUGCUGGGGAAGUUUCAAGAAUAUUGUAAAGGGUUAUCGAAUCAAAAAUUUCACAGUGCUGUGCAAACCCAUAAUGGCACCUGAGCUAAAAGGAAAAAUCAAUAAUUAUUUAAAAUUUGGGUAAUUCAUUUAUCAUGGAUUUUUACAUUGAUUUUUAUUUUUUAAAUGCUGCAUUAAAGUAUUAUUUAUCUUUGUUGAAUUUUAUGCAUCUCCUUAAAUUUUGCACCCGAGGUAAGUGCCUCACUCACCUGACCGUCAUCCUUGCUUUUUCAAAAAGGUUCUCAGGGUCCUAUGGCCUUCAUCCCAAAGAACAUUAGGUAGGAAGACCAGGAAAAGAAACUACUUUUUCAGGUAACGUGGGCUUCUUUGCAUAAAUGAAAGUGCUCAGUGGACAAACAAAAUGAAGCCAUAUUACUACCAGCCAAACAGUUAAGGUAAAGUAAUUAAGGACAUGAAAUUACUGGAGUGUGGGCUGCUGCCACACGCACAAGACAUUAAAAAAUAGGUCACUGGCUUUACUCAUACCAGUCCAAGCUUAUUUAAAUGUGAUAUAAUCAUUAAAUGAAAAUGAAUUAUACUCCAAAUUUGGUGGUAUCAUUAAUAGAUUUAUUGUUGUGGAACUCUUGACUGUUUUGAAAAUAUGGAUGUAGAACAUUUUCCACCUGUACUUUUGAGAGAAAGUUUAAAAAACGUAUUGAUUUUAAUUUGGAUGUAUCUUCUGACGUAAAUUUUGUUUUUAAAGUAUCAGAGUGAUCCAUCUUUAUUGAUCUAAAGGCCCUUAAGACAUUAGGAUCUGUUACUAAAGGUAUUUGUUUUAAAAGGUAAAUAUUGAUGCUAAUAAAGGUAUGCAUUUAAUGUU